AUGCUCGCCUCACUCCGUCCGCGUUCGCCUCCCCUCUUUGCCCACCACUCGCCUUCUCAACAUCCCAACCUCUCUCACCCAACGCAUCUGCCAACGAGCUACAUCAACUCUGGCUAUUCCCAAAUGCAAGGCUCGCCUGCUCGGCGCUACAUCACUCCGCCUCCUGGCUCUGCUCUCGCUCCAGAUCCUCUCGAACAGAGGCCAAGUCCACAAUCGCGCCAACGCUCCUGGCAUCAUCCCUAUAUGCACUCUACUCGCGCUGCACAGGGUCCGAGCCCCCCACUUGCGCUUGAUUCCCUAGCUCGUCCUUCCACUCGUUCCUAUGACGAUCAGACAUUAGCUUCGCGCCUCAGGUCUCCUCCUCCUCAACAUCGCAACGAGUUGCUUCACCCUCCACCCGAGUCUCGGCCGAGCGCCGCUUCCAGAGCAGAUACAAUUCGCAGAGCGCAGCCCCUCAGCAUUUCCCCUCUGCCUGCUUAUCCGCACCCGCAUGAUGUAGAGAGAGUUGGCGGCAUUGGGCCUAGUCGCAACCGAGGUCGCUCGAGUACAUUGACCUUGCCGCAUCCAGAUACUACAAGAGUUCGUGGCAGCUCCUUUGUUGGUGCUCGUCUCAACAGCCCAUCUCACGCCUCUCACGGUGGCUACGAUGAACCUGUUCCGCCGCCGCCGCCGCCACGUUCCUGGGAAGAUGCAAGGUUUUACAGAGACCCGUAUCCCCACCCCGGCAGCGAAGCCUUCAUGGCUCACAGACAGUCGCCUACCCUUCGACCCCCUUCGAGACCGUCACCGAUCCUCUUUGCCGCCUUGGGUCCCCACCAAGAUGCUCAACUGCACGCUCAACCUAGGCUUUCUGGGAAGAUGUCAGCCAAGAUGGUCAAUGCAGGCGCCAUUCCACGAGGCGGUCAAUACCGCUCGAGACCUGGCACCCCCAUCUCCCCGCUGAACAUGGAGAGUCUCUCGAUGCAAGAUGCGCCCUUUCCAUCAGCUUCGGGUAUCGCCGUCCCAUUAGCCUCAGGGCAGCAGCGUUCUCCAGCGGAUGUCCGAGCCCGUGGCGACUACUUUGGACCAGGCGAGGCCGAGUGGCAUCGAUCCAGCCACAUGGCUUCCGAGAUGUCUGGCAGCCCUCCAUGCGGUGAUGCUUACAUUUCUGGUCUUGGACACGAUCCGAGCGAGUACGGCUACCGUGCUCCGGGCAAAAUGCAUGGAGAGCCAAUCUCUCCAGAUACCGAGAUGCCACGCUGCCUGCCGGGCUCAUACGCCGGCAGUCAAUCGCACAUGCUCCCCGGACGUGGCCCUGCAGGAGCGAUGCCCGCUCACCACUCUGCCAUGUCUCGAAUGGAGCUGAUUGAGAGAGAACGACAUGCUAUGGCGGCGCAUCACCAUGGUCCUGGUCCAGGCGCUUUCAUGGCACCUGGAGGUCCGCAAGAGCAUGGCUAUCAAAGCGAAUACGCGCCUCAAGCUAGAAUGGGUUCAGGUGGCGGCUAUGGCGGCAAUCUUGCUCAGCACACUGUUCCUGUCGACCGCAUCGCCCACAGUCGACGCAGAAGACGCCCGCCUUACUCGUACUCGUCGAUGAUCACCCAAGCUAUCGCUUCAUCCUCAGAAGGUCGUAUGACUUUACGCGAGAUUUACACGUGGAUCAGCAGCAACUUUUCGGGAUACCCGAUGUCAGGCCCUGACUCACAGGGCUGGCAGAACACUGUCAGACACAACCUAUCGCUUGGCAAGAUCUUCAUCAAGAAGGCCAGGACAGCUCAAGACAUUUACGAGAGCUGCUCUUCCGGCAAUCCUUCUCAGAGCCAGGCCGCCAGAGGCAAGGGUGGCUGGUGGACCUUGCAUCCCGUUGUUCUCGCACAGAUUCGCUCGGGUCAGAGGACGCACAACGACGAAUUUGACGACGUCGAGCGCCUGGUCGAGAUGGAGAACGCGGCUGCAUCCUCGGGUACCUCAGAAGGCUCUGCUGCCAUGGCUGCAACCUCGUCGACCGCCUCAGCCGACAGUGCAAUGGCCUCAACUCGGAACAAGUCACUAGCCCGACAGAGAAGCUACUCUGACUCGAUGGAUGCAAAUGUUGCCGAGCAGCUUCGUCCAGGUUCGAGCGAGCAGUCGAUGACAGCUCCAGUGAGCCGUAAAGGAUCCAUUGGCGCCAAUCGCAGCAUGCCCACCGGACGUGCUGGAUAUGCACCUUAUGCAGCGCAACUUAUCGAGCGUAAGAACGGACUUGGUGCCGGCGCUCGUGAAGACCUUGCCUCGGUACUUGAACCUAAAGCUGAUGCUGAAUUCAAAGGCAAUAACAGGGCCAACGCAUACGCGCGCCUGCGUGGUCACACGAUUGCAGUGCACGAGACGCCUUUGCAGAACCGCACCUCGAUGGCAGCAAAGUACGAGACUGACAGGUACGGCGGCGACGCAUACAUCUCGACACGCCCACCAUCCAAGUCCGUUCCAAGCCCAAGACCGCUCUUCCAGGCAGGUAGGCAGGUGGUAGAGGAUGUCGAGAUGGAAACAGCUGGCACGCAAGCUCGUGACUCGAGCAUGGUGCUGCAAGAAGCACGCGAGACGCUGGCUUCGACGAAACAGCAGCAGCAUCAUCAUCAUCAGCAGCAGCAGCAGCAGCAGCAUCAUCAUCAUCAUCAUCACAUGCCACAAGCACGGAGGGAGACAGAUGCAGGUAUCGAGGCUCAAGAAGGAAAGGGCAGGAUGGCCAUUCGAGACUUGCUCAACAGCUGA